CCCAGACGGCCCAAGAUGGCUUCAAGACGGCUCUCGAGGCCGCCAGGACGACGCCCCAUUUUCGAGCGACAUUGGCACCAUUGACAUCAGGCAGUUUGCGCCAGGAUCACUGGUCAGGUCCCGCCAGCCUGACUGCUGCUCAGCACCUGCCCUUGGAGUAAAGGAGAGGCCCGCCCCAUUCUCGAGUGACACUGGCAACACUGACGCGGACGAGCCUGUGCUCGCCCGAGAGUGCACGAGGCAUCUCAGGCCCAGGCUCACUUGCCGAACGAGAGGUGGUGAGCCAUGCUUCGCCCGCCACUUUCCCCGGAUCGUCCCGCGCGGGACGGCAUGUCUCCCGACCUGACCACACCCACUUCUGCGACCUCCGUGCUGCGGUCUUCGAGGUCGGCGAGGAACAAGAUGCCGGGAUCGAGGGCCGUCGCUGAGCUGUGCGAGGAGGACCUGCGCUUCGCCAUCUACCAGGAAGUCGCCCGCGCGCUCUCGGACGCGUGCGCCGCCGAGAAGCAGGCAGCGGUCGCGCCGCACGCCGCCACGCCGCGUCGCGCGCGCUCGGUUGCGAAGCAGCCGUGCCCCUCGCGGCUUUCGGGCUACUGCCGCAGCAGUGCGCCUCCGAGGGAGGAUGCUAAUUUCGACCUCAAUGCGACACCGUCGCCCCGUGGAGCUCGUCCGACGGCAGGAGUCGAAGCUGGAGAGGCCCCUUCUGCACCCGCCACAGCGGCCAAGCAGAAGCCACCGCACGAGGUCUUGGCUCUGAUCCAGGGCGGGAGCGGCGAGGGGCCGGCCAGGAAACGGACCAUGGAGUCGAUCUUUCAGGCCGAGGAGGUCCCGCGAUGGAGCGAGCAGGUCAUGACCAGGGCGCCCUGGUGCUGCGAGAGCCUCCUGAGCCGCCUCCAGGACUUCGGCACGCGGCAUCCCCGGACGCCAAGUGACGCCAUAUCAAAGUUUGCCGUGUCCUCCGCGUACUCAAAAUUCAUUGGCAUCAUGGUUGUCCUACACUGUGUCUUGAUCACCAUGGGGUUCAACAGCCAGCUGGGGGAGGUCGCGCGGCCUCUCUGGCUUAUAGUGUUGGAGUACGUGCUCGCGUUCCUUUGGGUUGUGGACGUGUUCGUGACGAUGUGGCACCAGCGGUUGGCUUUCUUCGAUGGCGUGCAUUGGAUUCAGAAUUGGCUCGACCUGUUCCUUGCACUUUCAGGCGUGUUGAGCCUAUUGGAAGAAAGGUUUAGAGGUCCGCAAGGGUUUCGCAUUCUCCGCGUCCUCAAGAUCAUCAAGGCUUUCAGCGCACUGAGGGCGUUGACACUGUUUAGUCCGCUGCGCUUGUUGUUUCUGUCGGUGGUCCGGAUACAAUCAACGCUGGUUGCAUCAUUUGCCAUGGUGGGGCUCGUUGUGUAUAUGUCUGCGCUGAUCAUCACGAGCGGCGUCAUCGGCUGCAUCCAAACGGCAGGAUGCGAUUAUGAUGGGCUCCUGCAGUCCUUCGGCUCCGUCGAGCUUGCGUUCGUUAGCCUUCUCAGGACGUUGUUCGACGGGUGGGGAGACUACUACGAUUCUCUCCAGCCAGCGGGGUGGUUUUACCAGGCGUGGCUGGUCAUAAUCGUCCUGUUCACAGAUCUGGCGCUGAUGAACAUUAUCCUCGGCUUCUGCGUGGACAAGGCCAUUGAAGUGCUCGGGGGCGACCCUGAGGAGAAGGCGAGAAAGGCAGCCUCGCAUGAGUCUGAGAUCAGGUGCAUCUUGAAGAGCACUAUCCUGAGGCAUUCCGGCGGGACGCUGACACUCGAUCGAAAGUCUUGGAAUCAGGCCCAGGACGAUGUGGGGACCUUGCAGUACCUCAACAUGAACGGUCUCCGGCCAAGAGAUGCCGGACACCUAUUCGACAUUCUUGAGAGGGAGUCAAGCGAUGGAAGCGUCAAUGUCAACGAUUUCGUGAGCGCGUGCGUGAACACCAAGGGAAGCCCCUCUUGCGUGGACUUUCUGGAGUUGCGUAAUUGUCUUCUGGAGGAACUCAGAGUAAUCCAAGAAGCGACCACUAUCGUAGAGCCCUAGCUUUAAGUCGGACGCGUUCCUCUACAGGAGAAAUAUUCAAACAUAGUAACAAAAAUAGUCUUGGGAUAUUGUUCGACAUGUUUGGUGUUUCUUGCUGACUACUUUUAUUUUUCGUCCAACAUCCGCCUGUAGGAGGAAAUGCCCGACCUAACCCAAGCUGCCGCGAUCUGUACAGGUCGGCGCAUGCAGUGUGCGCCUGUGUGAGCAUGUUGUCCCCCUGUUGUCUGCUGCUAAUCCUCCCAGUUUCUCAAAACUUGUUCAUGCAGAACAUUACAGCCCAGAGCUCGGGAGAGCGAUGUCGUAGACAUUCGCUUUCCGCCGUUCCUGUGCAGGUGCCGAUUUUUGGGGCGCACGCAACUACAACACAGAGGGGUUUUCGAAUGCAACGCACGUCUCGGCUCAAAUUGUCGGCGAGUGUACCAUAACGUUAUGCACGUUCGCGGGGGCGCGUUGCUUGCAAAGCGUUUGACCGAGAUCGGCCGUAGACAUCCGAUGGCCAGUCAAUUUGACAAAUUUGCUGGGUCCUCAGCCCCACACGGCGCCACGACGCCUCGGUCACACGUAGUCCCCCGAUGAUUUUGCUAAUCGAUAUGUGUUUUGCCUUAGACACUCGGUAGCUUUCGGACGACGAGCAGCCAUUACGCCCCCGUGCACUGGGAACGCGAUUCGGCGCGCACUUCUGGAGUGCCCCUGGCAGUUUUCGCAACGCGGCGUU